AUGGCUAAAAACCGGGAACCCGUGAACCCAGUUGAGGAAUCCGAAUCAGAUUCCAGCAAGGAAGGAAGCUCCUUCGGGGAGGAAUCCGACGUCGAUCUUGACCCCACCCCUCCCCAAAAUAAGCCACAGCCUCAGAUUCCCGCCGCCAAACCCUCGCCGUUGUUGCCUCACCCUUCCUCCGACGACGAAGACAACUCCGGAUCUGAAACGGAGUCUGAAUCCGACGCUCCAGAAGUCAGGCCACUCACCGCGAAGCUAGUCGAAGAGACUCCGAAAUCAAACAGGAAGGCCAAAUCCAAGCCCGCCGCGGACACGGCCAGUAAGGAUGCAAAGAAGCCAAAGAAGAGCCCUGCCGCCGAGUCGGAGAAGGCGGAGAAAAAUUCGAAUAUGUUCCAUAGGCUGUGGAGCGAGGAGGACGAGAUCGUGAUUUUGGAAGGGGUGAUAGAGUUCCAGAACAAGUUCAACGUUGAUCCGUUGGCGAAUCUGGAUGAUUAA